CCAGCGACAAAAUUAUUUCCAUUAAAGAGGGUGUAGAAAAAUAGAGUGAAAUAGUCCUAUUUUAAGAAAAAUAAAGUUAUGUUGAAAGGAAUGUCGGGUUUACUGCCCUAAUUAUCAAACUACAUGAUGUGCUUGUGCAGGUGAAAUGUGUUUAAAGAAGAAUUAAUAAAUAUGUUUACACAUUGUUUAACAAACAAUUUUCUUUAAUUUGUGUCCACUUCAAUUGGAUGUAAUGUGUUUAACAUUACAAUGAUCAGCAACCACCGGAGCGUCCCUCCUAGGCCCGAGGAUCAAAAGAGAUGAGUUCGCGACCAAACUCGGGAUCGAAAACGUCGAGCAGCCACCGACAGCGGCACAGCUCGUCCAGUUCCGGGCACCAUCGCAGCGACUCGGGACAGAGCGUCGCAUCGACGGAGUACCACACGGAGCGAAAACAUGGCCACCAUCGAUCGAAAUCGGGCGUUCACGAGAGGGAGCGAAACGAAACUAGUCAGGAAUUGUCAACCAAUAGAAUUGAAUUCCGCACAUCUCACGGCUUGCAAGAUGGCAACCAGCAUUACACGCGCCCCACGUCGCUUUACCCACUAAAAUCGACCGAUGGACUUAUUAUCGGGGCUCCAGACAACCUUCAACCUGAACGGGAGCCCAUUUACUUCGACGUAGCCUUAGUUGGGGCUCCACCUGAAGUGGAACAGUUGGUGAACAACAUCAAACAAGUUGCGGAACAAUUUUUGUACCACUGGAAAACUUUUCCUAUAAUUCUUCCGAAUCCCGUAUCUCAUUGUGAGUCUUUUCCUACUUCGCAAGUGUCUUCAGAUGGUUCUUUAGGGCGUUGUAAGACUAAGUACCAUUUACGGGAUUUGUUUAUAGCGCCAUCUUUUGACGAACUAGAUGCUGUUGCAGUGGAUGGAAAAGGAGAACCCAGAAAACUCACUGGAAAACAGUUGGAAUAUAUAAGAGAAAGGGGCUUGCACAAGGAUAAAUUUGGAAAACCCAAACGCUUGAAUCAGCAACAACUCGAAUGUAUUAGGCAGCAGGGUGAAUUUGACGUGGAUUCCCUGAACUUCCCGGGUCAACAGCACAGAUGGCGCUUAUCUCAAAUUCUUCAGAAAGGCACCGAAAAAUCUAGAGACUCUCUUUUGAACGAUUUGGCGCUUGCCCUGCGUUUUAUUUUCGUGACUGCGAAAAGUCGAAUUUUUUCGCAUUUUUUUAGCGUUUCUCAAGCAGCGAAAGCUUUGUUGCACGGUUUAUUGAGGAUAAUAGAUAUUAUAGUCGGCAUACCGAGUUUGCAAGCGCAUAAUCUGGAUGCCAAAAUUAGAGAGGAGAGAUGCAAGUAUUUGGUAGCGGAGUUGGUUUGUAGACCUGAAAAUGAAGAUUCUCUAGAACUUCUUUGUUCUUACAUAAGAAAGCAGCUUCGACGAGCAGCUACGGAAAAAUUUGAAGUUGCAAAAGAAUGUACACAACCUCCGGUAGCUGUACCUUACAGAUUCUUAACACCGUCAGGGUACGAGUUAGAUUUAAGGCUAUGGGAUAGAGGACUGAUGCGCAAAGCAUUACCAAUUUUGGUAGCUAUAUUAGAACGUGAAACCAGAGGAUGGUUUUUGCAUUUUAGAGAAAGACUGAUAGCGGAACUAAGGGCCAAUAAAAUGCCUGAUGAGGACAUUGAAAGGGAAGUUAAUGAUGCAGUCAUGAAGGAGUACCUUCAAAGAGUCUACAACAGUAUUUUAUCUCACGCGGACAUUUUAGCGUUAGGCGAAGGAAUUGCUCAACUUUUGGUUCAACAGGCACAAAGCGUCGUUUUAAUGCACAGAGCCGUCGAAAAUGUACAACACAGGGAGCAAAAAUCGCAGGACGAAUUCAGGACGAAAUUAUGCCACUACCAUCCUGUUUUAUCCAGGAUAACGCCCUGGUUAAGAUCGAGAUUAAGAUCGGCGGAACAAAAGUUCAGCAUGGAUAACCAGUGGAGUGGGCAUGAGGGGGCGCUGGCUUUAUGUAGCGCUCAAAAGUUAAACCAAACUGUCUAUUUUUUGAAUAGAGAUCUUGCAUUUAUGAAAGAGAGGGAACCAGCACUUCUAAGGGAGCUAAGAAAAGUUAAAACUCCCACAAGGAGUUUUCUUUGGCCCACUCAAAUUUGGCAUCCAACUAACUGGAUUAUUCAUAGAAAUUUUCAGGGUCAAUCAGAAGUAGUUCCUACAGUAUUAAGUAAACAAGCAACAAGUAUCACAACGCCCAGAUCUGAUCCUAGUCAACCAGUAUUUUUGGUAGAAAAAGAGUUAGUACGUACCACAACCACAAGAUGGCCAUUGUGGCGAGUUUUCAACUACUUCCAUAGAUCAUGGUGUUGGACUUGGAACGCAAUGUUUUUCUUCGGUAUUGUUUUACCUUGGUGUAGCCCAGUGGGUUUGAGAGCCCUAUUUUGUGUCGAACCAUUUAUGCCUGAUCUAGAACUAUCGCAAGUCAAUGGUACCUUGUUCCCAAGAAAAAGUAGCGUAACAAAAACAUUAACAUCGCGACUUAUAAGUCUUUGGAGGCAUAUAUCUAAAUCUAGAACGCAUUUUGAGACGAAGCCUGAUACUGGGUUUAUUGGUAAAGGAUUUACGCGGCAUCUAAAUCGGAUAUGGAAUUAUUUUGUCAAAGGAUUAUUUGGCACAAUUAUAAUCGUCAUUAUUUUUCCAUUAAUUUGCAUAGCUACAAUUCUAUCAAGCCUUUUUAUAGCACUAACAUCAGUAAUAUGGAUGCCAUUUUUAACCAUGACUGUACAACUCACUAACGCACUUAUCUAUGAUUUAGACAGCCCAGAACAAAAACGAAACCGAUAUUUUGUUAUUUUCGAAGCAUUUAUAUGGAAUAUAGGCAUACAAGGCUGCUUACAACCACUAAUGGCGGUUUUUGUAGCCGCAUUUGUAUGCCCUUUAAUAUCCCUUAUUAUUCUUACUGGAGGAUUCCUACGGUACUGGUUGAGGCUCUUGUGGGAUACCACAAUUUUUCACUUGAUUAUCAAAAAACGAGGUCGAGUUCCAGCCAGCGAUAGCUUUGUAGUUAAAAGAAUAGCUGGACCAGGUUUAGCUUCAGAUUACUAUUUCCAAAUAAGUCCAGAGCAAGCCCUCGCAGCCUUCGAAGCUAAAAUGGAGCUUGACGAGCUUGCAGCUUAUCAAACAGUCGUGGAGUCUACUAUCACGCAACCGCAGAAGGAUUUCAGUCAAUUUAUUGAAGCUUGUUUCGGUAGUUUUUCAACGCAGCUCUCAAAAAAUGGGCCCUAUAAGAAUUUGGAGAAAGAAGCCCAGGAUUUAAUGACUGUAUUGCACGAGAAACUUGAGAGGAGGAGAAGGGAUCUGCAGACUGGGUUAAAUGUUUCUGUUAAAAGCAAGAUAAAGUUAACCACACCGGAAUUAAAGAUUGCUAUACAACAAGGAGCCCUGAUGUUAGAGAGGUUUUACCCUACACAUAUUCUCCCAAAAUUGGGUUGCACAGAGGAACAAUUUUGGGACAGUAGGGCUCUAAGUCCUGGGGAUUGGGCUGGUUUGGCCGGUCUUUUAUAUUCUGAAUUAUUCAGUUUAGAUAUUUUAACACCUUUAGAUCAUGUUGAUACCAGUUUUAGACUUGACGCACACCCUCAAGCCGAUUUAGGGAGGUACACUGAAAUGGUACAAUGUGCACAAUUAGGAGCAGGAGGUCCAGAUCUUUUAGGGAAUGUAUACACCCCCAGGGGUAACAUACAAGUACACUCACCAUACUUAGAAGUCUCAGCGUUCAACCCAAGAUCAAAAUUAUCAGCCACUCAGAAAAAGGCUGAAAAAAAAGCCGAUUCAGCAAGUGCUUUAGCCACAAUAAAAGAAAAAACUAGAACAACAACACUGUGGACGCCGUGGAAAAAACAGAAUACUCCAUAUUCGCCGGAUAAAAUGGUUAUUCCAUUGCCUGUACCCCACCCAGCUCAUAUAGCUGUCACCAUUUUCAAUAGGGACUCUGAUGACCCCAUACCCCUUGAGUCUGACACAUGCCAAAAUAUAUUAAGGGGUAUAGAAGAAAGUCAUUCUUCUCCAGAUGAAAAUGGCAUAGGUAGAUUCAAAGGAGGCGCGGAAUCCUUCGAAACAGCCAGCUCAAACUCCGAAACUCUAGACAGUCCGAACGGCGUCGAAACCAGCAACCAAUCGCGCAACUCGAACGAAGGCGUCUGCCAAUGGACGCUCAGCAAUUGGGGACAGCGCAAGCGCAACAACUCGGGCUCGAUACGCGUCGAUCUAGCCAGCCCUGAAGACGUCACCUUAGACAGUGACAGCACUAGGGUCGUUUUUAGUACCUACGGUACCACGGUUUGAUAUUUAAGUCUUUGUAUGUGAUUGUUUUUAUUUAUUUUGUUGGUGCGCAAAUGUUUUUAAGCAUACUAUGACAUAUUUCUUGUUAUCUGGUAAUUAAAAACGCAUGCGCAGUUUAUUUUACACCAUUUAAUUGUGUAGGUACUACUAUACAUAUUAUAUUUAUAUAAACGCUUUAAUUUGCUUUUGUAAAAAGUACAUGUUUUUAAUUAAAUUCCAUGAUAUUAUAUUAUUUAUAAACUAUACUAGUUUACACAGUUGUUUUUAUACUUUUUUAAACAAAUUAUUUUUUCUCUGUUUUUUUUUUAUUUUCAAAAAGGGGCUUAAAUGUAAACAUAUUUUAUGGAAUGUAGAUAUUAGGAGCGUAACAUUAAAAAUUUACCAUUUACUAGAGUUUAAUGCACCUAGAUUCUAGUAAUUUUUUUCUAAGAAAAAAGUCCAGCGCACUUUUUUAUAGAUUAAACACAGAAUUUUAUAGCCUUCAAUUUAAUGAUUUAAUGUCGAUUAUUUACAAAUUAUAAUAGCAAUAAAUUAUUUUAUAGAGUGUAGCUAUUAACUUGUCCAUUUUUUCAAAAAUUAUACAAAAAAACAUAGCUUAUGAACUCAACAAAUAUAUAAACGAAUUUUUUAAAUAGGAGUAACAAAUUAAAUUAUCGUAUUUUCAGAAAUUUAUUUAAAAUAUCCAUAUUUAUUUAUAAUUAUAAUUUUUGUCCUUAAUUAUUAAUAUUCAACCUAUUUACCUGUAAGCUGUGGUUCACAGCCUGUGAAUAUUGUAAAAUUAUAUUUAAAAAUAUCUGCACUAGAUUUAACUGCAUAUAUUUUUAAAAAUAAAUCACUUUUAGUCCAUAAAUUAUUUUUUGUACAACAUAUAUAAGUAAUUACAAAAAUUAAUUAACUGCUUACUUUUUUAAGUUAAUUCUUGUAUUGCUGUGAAAUUUGCUUAAAUUAUGUUAAUUGGUUUUAA